AACUGAAGACUAACGCUACAUAUUUGAGGAGAGUCCUGGUACCCCAGCUUUCCACGAAGAAGCAUGGAGUAGAUGUAUCACUCAUUGCACACUAAACAUGAUGGAAACCACAGACGAUCACUACAUGGAGGUAGAAGAGACAGGGGAGGAGAAUGAGAUAACUGUGGACGACAAUGAUGUUUCUGUCAGACUAUCAGAUGAAACAUGGCAACAUCUAUCGAUUAGUGAAGGACCUUCCAGUGGCCAUAGAAAGGUCAAAGUGAGACCCAAACUCCGCUGUAUGAAAAGCUUCCCCCCUUACAGCCAGUGUAUUGGUGGACUUGGACAGGAGAAAGAUGAUGAGCAGGACGGCGAGACACAGUCUCCACCAGAGAAUUCAACACCAUAUGUCACUCACAAGCCUUGUCUCACACCUAGAGAGUGGCGAAGUGAAGAAGUUCAACUUGAACAAGAGGCAUUGGGCACUGAAAGAAAAGACAUGGAAACGGAUGCAAUGUGCAAAGGAGAGGAGCUGAGGGCAAAAUGGAGGGGCAGGAGGAGGGAAAGAUUAGGGGGAAGCAAUGGAGCAGAUAUGGAGGGGUGGGAGAGGAGACAAAGAUGGAGUGGGAAAAGAAAGACGGGAGAGGCUAGAGGAGAGAGACAACAUGGCAGUAAAGAGGAGGAAGGUAAAAAUACAGAUGGUGAGAGGAACCACUGGAGAAGCAGUGCAAGAGUGAAUUCUGGGGUGCAGGGGAAAGAAGCAGAAGAUGAUGAGAGGAGGGGCUGUGCUUAUUCAGAAAUGGAGGGAGAGGGCGAGGGGAGCGGAAAGACGGUGAGGAAGAGCCAAGAGGGUGAAGGGCUGCUGGUGAGGAGAGAGGGCUCCAUGAACCCGUGGCCGACCCCACAUCCCAUCCUCUCCAGACUAUUGCACUCCUCCUCCUCCACCUCCACCUCCUCCUCUUCCUCCAUGAACCUCUCUUCAGCGGAGAGUGAUGAUGUGUUCAGCGAGGGAGAGGAUGCAGGCUCCAAGAGGAAGACGUUCAGAAAGGUGAGAGUGGCCGGGUCUUAG